GUUAUACCUACAAUCAAUAAUUAAAAAAAUUUGUCUAAAUUUAGAAUAGCUAAAAUACGUAGGAUAAUAUGCCUUUACAAUAAAAGUAGUAUUUUAAUACUAAUUUAAUUAUGUUGAUAAAUUCAACCUCUAUGUGUAGAAAUUAAGUGAAUUAAUUAUGUGGUCAAAAAUAUUACUUCAUGAUUUGUUCCACAUACCUAUGUUGGAAACUGUUUUUUAUAUUGUGGGAAUGAAUUUUAAUUUGAAGAAAAAAACCACAUAAGUUAAUAAAUUAGUACAUAUGUUACAUUAUUGGGAAAUCCAGUUUAUAGUAGCAAUAAAAAUGCUCUAAUUCCAAUGAAAUACAUAUUUCAAGAUCAUUAAAUUAGGUAGUACUAAUAAAACAAAAUGUGGGCUUUUACAAAGAGAAGUUUAAUGAUAUUAAGAUUUUUUUUUUGGUACAUAUUGGUUUUGAGAACGAAUAUUUCUGUAAAAAACCAUAAUGAAGAGUUCGAGGAAUAAACAACACAUUUUUGAAAUAGAACCACGUUCAUUUCUUUACGUUGCCGAUUUCGAACUUUUUUCCUUUUGAUACACUGAUACAGGUGCCGUUUGAGUUGCUAGGACGAUUAAACAGAUCAAAAUUGGUGAUGGCCGUCCGAUAUAUUUAUUAAAUAGAUAGUAAACCUGGAAUGCUUAUGACAUAUCAAGAAAUUAUAACAGAAAUAGUUUGCAAAAUACUUAGUUUUUUUCAUGUAGAAGUAUGGAGUGGGGGAAAAUUUGCGUUAUUAUUUUAAUAGUAUCUUUAAUUUCUGAUUCUUUUGGAAAAAUCACUAUAGACAUCAAGAAUGAACCAGAACAAAAUUGCACCUGCGUUCCUUAUUAUCAAUGUUCGCAUGAAUCUGGAGAUUUACUUACAGAUGGCAAAGGGUUGUUCGAUCCCAGAAUAGUGGAAAAUACGCCUUGUCUGGGUUACUUUGAUGUCUGCUGUAACAUUUCGAAAGAAGUUCUUUUCCCUUCUACAGAAGCCCCCGAGAAAUAUCACGGUUGUGGAUACCAAAAUUCUGGAUUUUUUCCCUGGUAUGCAGCAUUAUUUUAUCAAAAGUCAACAGAUUUUUCUCCUUCCUAUAAAUGUGGGAUUUCCUUAGUCCACUCAAGUGUCAUUCUUACAGCAGCCCAUUGCAUAAAUGAGGAUGGAAUUUGGUCUGCUCGGAUAGGUAACACAGUUCGAGAAAUAUCUAAAAUUAUUAUCCAUCCAGAAUACAACAAAGAGACAAUGCAAAACGACAUAGCCCUUGCCAUUUUAAAAGAACCUGUUGAAAUUUCCGAAAAAAUCAACUCAAUAUGCAUACCACCUCAAGGAAUGAAUUUAGAUAAUUCCCAGUGCAGGAUAAUUUCAAGAGCAGCUGAUCAAAAUGACGAAGUGUAUCUUAAAAUGCUUAAAGUUACUAUUAUUCCUAAAGACAAAUGUCUCGAACUGUUGCGUGCUACCCGCUUGGGUCUAUUCUUUCGACUACAUAACAGUUUUUUAUGUGCUGUUACAGAAAACCAGAGAAAUACAUGUGCACACGAUGGUGGUAGUCCAUUGGUGUGUCCAGUUCCGGGUCAACCGAAGAGGUAUCACCAAGCAGGAAUUGUCUCGUGGGGUAUUGGAUGUGGAGAGGAUGUUCCCGAUGUGUACGUAAAAGUUUCGUUGUUUAGAGACUGGAUUGAUGCAGAAAUGGUAAAGAACGGUUUGGAAAUUACUUCUUAUAGAUAUUAAUUUUUGACUAUGAAUUUUGAACGAUCUUCAAG